UUCUUUAGCUCAGCCCCUCUCACCCAUUUAUCAAGCCCUUCUCUCCUGAUGUUAUACUGUCUUUAAUUAGGAUCUAACCGCCGAUUCCCCGCCGUCUCCAGCCCGGCCCGUGGGGACUGUGAGCCGGGAGGAGUGUGAGGUGUGGAAUGCGAGUGAGCCGGGCGGAUGCACAUGUGUUAUAGGCAGGCUGGCAGCUGAGGCUGUUCCCCUGAGCCCCGGCUCUUCAUUUCCCGGGCCCGGCUGACUGGCAGCAGGUCACUGUUGAUGCCGGUGUUUUUCCAUCCACCUGCCUUUUGUUUCAGGUCACUGAUAGCCUGGAGGUUCACAUGCCAGGAGGAGGAGGACGAGGGGGAGGUAGAGGAGCUGGAUUGAGUUUCCCUGGCGACCAGAGGAACACACUCAGGGCGAUGACUGGAGCUCGCAGCAUGCACGUUUGAGGACUAACAUUGGGUGUUUGGACGGACGCUGAGCUCCCAGAAUGACGAGCGCAGCCCCAGCCCGGAAGCCGUAUCGAAAGGCGCCUCCACAGCACCGCGAGACACGCCACAGCCUGCCCGUGUUCCGGGAUGACCUUAGUGGGAGUCCCUCAGCAACCGGCAACCCUCUGGUGCCGGGGCAGCCUGACUCCAGCCAGGAGUCCUUAUCAGAUGCAGAGAAAAUCAAGAUCUUGCAGCAGCAAAAUGAAGACCUGCGCCGCCGCCUCACGCAAACGACCCACAAAAUGGAGGCCAUGGAGACCGAGUUUGAGACGAGUCGACACUACAUGCAGGCAGAGAUGGGUCGAACCAGAGAUGAUCUGGAGAAGAUGAGAGACAAGUUCAGAAGACUGCAGAACAGCUACACAGCCUCUCAGAGAGCUAAUCAAGACCUGGAAGAGAAGCUACAUGCCUUGGCUGCCGUCAGUCAAACUUGGGUCUAUGCACUUCGGAAAGUGGAGCGAGACAAGAAGACCAUGGAUCAGGAGAUCGUGGAGCUCACCAACAAGCUGGUGGAUGCCAAGAACACCAUUGACAAGCUGGAGGAACUGAAUGAGCGCUACCGGCAGGACUGCAAUUUGGCCGUGCAGCUGUUGAAGUGCAACAAGUCUCAUUUCAGGAAUCACAAGUUCGCAGAUUUGCCAUAUGAACUGCAGGAGAUGGUGAAUAAGCACAUGAAGAGCAGCCUUCCCGACAAGAGCCAGAGUCCUCAAGGAGCCCAGGGUCAGGAUCCGGACACACUGAGCCUGACACCUGCAGAUGUUGUGCCCACCUCAGUCAUCGCUCGUGUGCUCGAGAAACCUGAACCUCUUGUGCUCAACUCUGCCCAGUCCAGCAGCAGCGCGGGUCGACCGGUGGCUGAAGAUGUGUUUGUCCACGUUGACAUGACUGGACCCCAGAACGAGAACGGGGGUCCUGGACAUGCUAGACAGAGCAGCAGUGCCGCUUCUGAUCAGCAACAUGUCAACGGCAUGUGUCGUGGCCAGGCCAGUCCAGACGGCCCAUCAGCUGAGGACAUGGCACCCUCCUUCGAGAAGCUGAACCCCUACCCUGCUCCUCCACCUCCACACCCUCUCUACCCGGGCCGCAAGGUGAUCGAGUUCUCCUCGGAUGACAAGGUGAAAAUCCCUAAGAACAGUCCGCUGCCCAACUGCACUUACGCCACCCGACAGGCCAUCUCCCUUAGCCUGGUGCAAAAUGAUGAAGAGGCGGGAGAGCGGCAGCGUACUGUUCCCAAUAGCCCUGCUGUGUCGGAUGGAGGAUGGCGCUCUGGGACCUCCUCUUCAUCAGGUGGAGGACAUGCAUCGCUCCCACGGACCCCCCAGCAGACGGACGUCACCGACCCUCUUUCCAGCCAGUCCAGCCCUUUCAGCAGUCCCCCGCAGCCACCGAGUGCCUUUGCCAGCUCAGGGAGUUCUGAAGAGGACCUGCUCGCCAACUGGCAACGAAUGUUUGUGGAAAAGAUGGCGCCUUCCUCAGAGGGCACCCUGAUCAACCGCACAUCCUUCAGCAGCGAGACGGUAAAGGAACUCCACAGGAGUCGCAACAGCAAAUCAGGGAGAGGUGCCGCAGACCACGGAAUGAUGCGGGGUGCUUACUCAGAUGGGGAAGAAGGUUCCUCUGCUCAAAGCUGGACUGCAAGUCGAGAGUCCAGCCUGGACACGGAUACCAGCAGCGUGGCAGACCUGCGCUCCAAGCGGGGACACUACGGAGGUGACUUCUCCCAGGAAGAGGGUGAACACUUGCUGAUGGGCACUGACAAUGAAGACGGCGCCAGUGGUGAUACGAUGGUUAUGGUAGAAAGCAGUCCAGCUUCUGCAAAGAGGCAAGAGUUUGUCGAAGAUGUCGGGUCUGCGAGCAGCUUGACUGAGGAGCGGGAUGUCCUGCCACAGGAUUUUCCUGUCGUUGGGUCUAGGGUCCUCGCUGGUCUUGAGGAUUACACAGACAAGCCACCGUCUCAACGUCAGCACCACCACCACCAGAGCGGUUCCAGUCGACCUCACAAGAGCCCCAAAAGAAUGGGAGUCCAUCACCUGCACCGCAAGGACAGCCUUACCAGAGCGCAAGAACAUGGAAACUUGCUGGACUGAGAUAUCUUACAGGACACCUCUGAUCUCUUACAAAACUCUUCUGCUUGCUAGCAAUCACAAGUCUUAGCAGGCCACAAAGGGAGGCAAGGAAAUGGUGUUGUGGUCACCUUUUUUUUGCAGCUUCAUUACUGUAACUCUUCUCAGAAACAAGACGUUUACUUCAGUGUGGUAUUUGCGAAAGAGGUGGAUUAAGGUGGCAUCUAGCAUCUUGAGGAGUCGGCCUAAAUUGUCCAGGAGACGUCCUGGAUCAGUGUAACAGUGCUCCAGAUGAAUGUGAUUGUCAGGGUGGGAAAAAACGGUCUCCAGACUCCCAGGUGUGGCGUAAAUGAGAAGACAACCACAGGAUAUAGCCAUACUAAGACUUUUGUCUGCAUGUGGCCAGAAUAUUGUAAAUGAGGGAGAUGGAAUAGCACUAGAACUAGUUGCUGUUGUUUUGCUGUCAGGAACUGGAAUAGCACAUAAAACAAAAUCAAGGGUCCUCUCUUUAGUUUAAGGGUGAACAUGGAGGAGGAGACGGUGCCCAGACUGUCAGCAGACGCAGUGAUCUUGUAUGGGUGGGAUGAUGCAGGUUUCAUAAAAUCGAAUGGAUUCUUUUUCUUCGACUUACAGUGCCUGACCUUUUUCUGACUGAGGGGUUUCCCUGCUGCCCUUUAAGAGGAAGUAUUACUCCUUGAAUCUACUUUCAGCUCAUGUGGACUAGUGGAAAACCUCUACUGCGCAGACAAAUUCUUCAAACCUCUCUUCAUAGAUCUACCACUGUAAUUCUCAACUCAACUGAAAACUUUUUCAUUUCGUUGUUUCAACUCGACUAUGGAAACAUUUUAUGGAUUUUAUUUAGUUUGUUGUUUUCAGUGUCAGAUUUGUUUCAGUGAUUUGAAUUCAUGCGCUUUAAUUUGACUACUGAUAUUUAGAGAAAAAUUAAGGCAAGCAUUUUGUCCUUGGUGUGUAUUUAUCUGUUUUGGUUAAUUGACUGAGAGCAGUAAAAUAAUUUCCUGUUCUUUUCCACAUCACAGUGAGCAUUUGUUGAUGUGUGAUAUUGUUGAAUUGCUAAGCUGUCUAUGUCUUUGUUUUAAUUAUGUUAAUUAUAAUACCCCCCCCUCAAACAAAUUAAUUCCAAUUAGAUACUUCACAGUAUUUUUUUGCAAUACGUUACUACAUUCUAAAAUGCAGUUUUAUGCAGCAUUUGACUUUAAUAACUUAACAACUCAACUCUGUACUGUGUGUAGAAUUCUGAACUGGACAGAAUAACGUCACAAAGUUUGUAUUGCUAUUUGUCGUCAUCCAUUGCAUGGCCAGUAAUGUGUUCUCUAAGCUGCUAUCAAUAAUCAGCUGAUUGUCGCUGGAGGCCAUAUUCAGUACUUACUCGAUGCCACUUACAUGGAACUAUGCAUACAGUAACUUUGAAAUACUUCCAAAUUGUUCUGUAGAUUAGUUGAUCAAAAUUCUAUCGCACUGCUUUUGUAGGAUGAGACUUGAAGUUGAAUUGAAGUACAAAGUGAUCAGUUCGGCAGUUCCUUUAGCCCUACAGUCUACAAAAUAAGAGUGUGAGCUUCCUGAUUGGCUGCUCUUAUUGUAUUUGAGUCUGAGUCUCUGUUCAUGGGAAAUUAUUAUUGGUAUUAGCCCUGAAUUUAAUGAAAAGGAUUAGACCCUGUUUACACCUGGUCACUUAAAGUGAAUUAUAUCGGAUCUGUAUCCUAAUAGGAUUUUAACCACACACAUUAAUAUUUGAUAGACAAAUGCAUCUUCAGACUAAAAUCUGACUGUUGGUUGAAAUUGUAUAUAUACUCUGGUGUUUUGGUUGUAAACUGCCACAUAAUUGUGGCUGAAAUGUGUGAAAAGCCCUAUCUGAUUAGUUUCACAGGGGGACGUCUGUGAAAAUUAUUUCACACUUCUACUCAGUGAUAAAACUAUUGCAUCUGGACUGCAAUUGAAAAAACAUUUUUUUGGCUUUCUCAGUUCAGUAGCUCCUCCAUUUCCACUCACUUUUGUGUUUACGUGGAUCUCCGUGGAAACAGGGGCCCAAAGUGUAAUUACGGUGCGUGGCACUGGACAACCAACUAUUUUAUUAAACACAAGGUAACGAAACUCAGAGAUGUGAGUCCGGACGGGACUAAAAUUCAGCGAAAGAGUUCAGCGAAAAACAGUAGAUAAUUCAGCCUGCAAGAGGACGUCUAAGAAAAACACAUACAUGGUCGUUCCGGACGGGAAUAAAAUCACAAUAAAAAAAGAAAAUUACCCCAGGACCCUGUGAGAAACUAAUCCCAUCCGGAUAGGGCAAUCAGAUUUGUAUCUCUUUUUAAAGUGGCUUCACCCUAAAAAAAAAAAAAAAACAUUGGCAAAAACUAGAGAAAAUAUAUGUAAAAUGAGACAUAUAUGCCUAUAUUAUGCAAACAAAUAUGGAAAAAAUCAAUGUUUUUUUGUCUUAAAUAAGGGCACAUAAAUCAGAAUAACUAGAUUAUAUUAUUGAAAUAUUCUAGAAAUAUUCUUAUCAGAUUAAAAAAAUAAUUAAUUGCCUUGAAAUGAGAUCAUUUCACUUGCUAAGGUUUAGUUUUUUGCAUUUGUUGGUUUCAUCCAGAUAUAAUUCUAAUACUUGAGACUGAUGAAGUGACCAGGUGUAAACAGGGUUUUAUUUGCUCCUAGUUUUAAAAAUGUAGUUAUUUUUAUUGUAGCAAUAGCUUUUGCUUACAGUACCUACAGUAUGUUUCAUGUUUGUCAUGUUCUCAUUUUUUGUGUGUUCUCACUUAUAUUUUUUCUUAAUCAGUCUGUCUGACUGUAUAAAGUUAUUUUUCUUUCUUUUUUCAAGCCUUGUUAACGUUGUCAAGGUCUGUCGAAGAGUAUUUUCAGACAUUUCAGUCCUUUUGAACCGCGUGUGUCAGAUGUCUGAGCUGACAUUUUUAUACAGCUAUUUUCGUUUUAUACACUGAAGACAGUAGGGACACUGUGCAUGUUGCCUUUAAAGUACUACUUCACGCAUUCUGUUUGGUUUGUAUGCAUUUUGAUUACACUCAUCAUAAAAAAUGGUUUUACCCAUAAGGUAGUGUUGGAUUGCUAUAUGAAAUGAAAUGAAAAAAGUUAACAGGAACAAUAAUGAAGAAAAUUUAGCCUGAUAUGGGAAACUCUUCAUAGUCGUCAUAUUCGUUAUGCUUCAUACACAGAAGUAGUGUGUAACACGCCAGACAUCUCAACAUGAAGUUCUAGAGGUUCCUAAAAAAAAAAUUGCAUGCCAUUGCAAUGGUGCAUCCCACACAUUUUGGAUCAGGAAUAGGUAUUGUAAGGCAGCUGGACAUGGCAUAGUAUCUGUGUUCAGGGUAAUCUAAGAUUGCAGCAGUAUGUGGACGAGCAUUGUCCUGUUGGAAUUUUAUAACGGUAUGGCCAUUGGUUGCAGGACCAUUGAUGUUGGGAUUUAUCACAGUUUCUCCACACAUAAAGACAAAAUCAGGACUUCAGUCACUUCAUUUCCAUCAGUUGAUUCGUUCUGGGUGCAACUUUUUUUUUUUUUUUUUUUUUUUUUUUUUAAGAUGAGUGUCAUCAUAUAGUCAUAAUUUGGUAACUAGGUGUUUCAAGUAUUUUCUAUUCUUACACUCUGGGCUCUGAACAUGAACAUUCAGAAAUUCCGUUUAUGGUUGUGGAGAAAUGGACACACGCUGAUCAUGUGCAGUAUCUAUCUCAAGUUUAAGCUUGAGCGUCGAAGGGAACGGGUUGUCGUGCAAUCAGGAUCCAAGACUUGACUAUGACUUGAGAGCAUAAGACAUAUCAGGCCGUUAGCCGUGGUCGAAUGCAUAUUAUUAUUAUUAUUAUUAUUAUUAUUAUUCUAGUCAAAGGGCCCUGAGACUUCAGCCACUCUAACUAUAACACUCUGUAACAGACAUACUGCAUGUAUUUACCUCGUGACUGGUCUCAGUCUGCACUACACUCUGCACUCCCGGCCUUCAAUAAUUCAGCUCCGUUUUCCUCUGUUGAGACCUACAGAAUGUGCGACGGAAGGGCUCCCAAAUCCAUGCUUGUUCACCUCGUUUUUCAUCCAUUUGUUCUUCCACUUCUGUCCUUCUUUUUUUUCUUGUACUUUUUUUUCUUUUUUUCCGUCUCCCAUCCAUAUGUAAUUGUAACAGCUUGUAAUGAGUCGAGCUGUAACGAGCCCCUGCGCUGAAUAAUUGAUGUUUUAUCCUGCUCCAAAAUAGCUCGCUGAUGUUUAAAAGAGAGAGAGAGACGGAGAACAGUCUGUCAGGGCCUGGCGAAUGAAAAUGGAAAUUCCUAAAUAUUUCAUAGCUUCAUCAGAUGGGAUGUAGACAAAAGCUCACGCAAAUACGAGAAAAGAAAGUCAAGAAGAAAAGAUGUGCAGCUCUUGUCUAAUGUACUGUGUGUAUAAAUAGGCUUUUACAUCUGGUGUUGCUGCAAGUUUAAUGAUUGCCUAUCGUGACUGUAAUCGAGUGCGUCAGUGACUGGCGCUUCUCUUCUUUGAUCCAAGGUGACCUGGAGCGCCAAGCCAGCGAAAUGUUGACUGAGAGAUCUGAGCGAAGGAGGGGAGAAGAAUAAAUGUUGUUUUUUUUCCUUUCUUUUUUCCCCCCUUUUCCAUCAGUCGCAUCCACAAGGGAAGCACAUGGUUUUCAUCUGUUUGACCUUCAGUAUAACCUACUGUAGUCUGUGAGUGUGUUUACAUGAAUUUAAUAAUUCGUUCAUAAUCUGAUUCCUGCAGUUAUGUGAUUAUUUAAGUAGUCAUACAGUAUGCAACAAUAUUCUACAAUUUCUUAGAUCAGAGUAAGUAAGAUUUAGAAAUAAGAUGAUGAUGCCCAGAUAGUUGGCUUGUAGCUUAGUGAUUAUAUUCCAUGUAUACUCUUAGCUAUACUCUCUGAGUAUAUUUGGGUUUCUCAGCUGUGCAUGCUUGAAAACAGACCAUGCUACCGGACCAGACAGUUUUUUAACAACUGCACCUGCAAGAUGGUGCACAAACACUUUCGAAGAUCUUCUGGUUGAUUAUUUCUGUCUAGCAGAUUUAGGAGUUAUGAUGUCAGAUCUUACUCUGGAAGUUUAUUGGCUGGUUGCAAAGCAGAAAUACAAUUAUUGACCCAUUACGGGUGGUUGAUAUGGUCCUAAAGUAAUAUCACGAUAUGUCAUGGUAUUUUCAACAUAGCGAUACUCUUGACGAUAUAAAAAAAAACUGUACACUAGGCACACCCCUAAUCAUGACACUUAUAUAUAUAUACAUUUAGAGGUUGACUGAAUGAAUGAUAAACUCUGAUGGUCUGAUGUUCUGCAGUUAUUGGAUUAUGAAGGACAUGUAAACACACUCUUUGAUUGACACGUUUACCUUUGAUCACUGUGUUCAGCAUGUGUGUGUGCACAUUUUACACAUUUUUGUAGGUUUAUUUCAGUUAAAUAGGUAAAAAAAAAACAGGUAUCAUAAAAUUCACACUUGUUAUAAGUUUAUAACUUGUCUAAUCUAAAUGCAACACCAGUGUUCAAAUAUCCAGUCCAGUGUUUUGUUGUUUUUUUUACGCACUGUCCUUUAUCCAGUAGACGGUCUAAUAUUCCAAAUGUGGUCCGUUUUCUUUCUUUUUCUUUCUGCUUUUUUUUUCUUUGCUGUGUAGAAACACACACUUGGUUCCAAUACCAAAGCGUUCUCCUCCUCAUUUCACAGUCGAACUGUUGUUCACUCAGUUGUAAGUAACCUCUGUCGGUUUCCGUCAGCAUAUUGUUUUUCUUGUGUUUUUUUUUUUUUUUUUUUGCAUUUAACUGUUCAUUUUGUCCUUUGUUUUUGUAGGUGUUCUUGCGCUUGAUUGUAAGCACCAGUGACUCCUUUGACGCUUUCAGAGGUGCCCUUUAAUUUGAUUGUAGAUGGCAUUUAUGGUGCAAUUUUAGGAAUGUUGACAGUAGAGCCUGUGAGCUUUAAGGUAAUGACUCAGGCACAUUUCACGUACAUCCCUAGUGUUUGGCUGUGUUUGUGGAUCGAGUCAGUCUAUCGUUUCGGUGCACAAACCACACCUGUCUGUGUCUGGGUUUACCUGUAGCGAUAUGGUGCUUCUUUCCUCACACUCUUGAGCUCAUUUAUAUGUUUGGUUUGUUUUCUCCUCUCUCUACACUCCUGCUGUGUGUUACGUCUGUUCUUCCAUGGCUUUUUUAGAAAGAAUUUCCUUUAAAUUUCACUCGAGCAGGUAAAAAGCGUUCACGGUCAUGUAGCGACACCGUGUGUAAUGACUUAUUUUUUUUCCCCCUGUAAAAAAAAAAAAAAAAAGAGAGAGAAAAAAAAAAUAGAAAAGAAAAACUACAGAAAAGACUGUUAUACUCAACUAAUUUUAUUUUCUCAAUUUGUAAACUGAUGUAUAUUUUAAAACAAAUAAAACUAUUUUAAACUUUGA